AUGAUUGCGCUGUCGCUGAUUGUUUUACUACCGCUGGUGCUUGCUGACGUUACGGAGUUGACUAAAGAUGGUUUCGACAGCAAAGUUUCUGAGGUGGAAUACACCCUCGUCAUGUUCUAUGCGCCCUGGUGUGGACACUGCAAACACUUGAAGCCUCAUUUUGAAGAAGCCUCCAAGCUGUUAGCAAAUGCAGCUAGUAAUGUCCGCUUAGCAAGACUGGAUUGUACUGAGCAUGGUGAAAAAUGUAGUGAAUUUGGGGUAACGGGGUACCCCACCGUGAAGUUAUUCAAAAAUGGCGUAUUUCAUAAAGAAUACGAUGGUCCUCGCGAUACUGACGGGAUACGCGCAUUUAUGAUGAAACAUUCACAGCCACCAUCCAAAAAAUUAUUGACAAUGGAAGACUACACUUCCUUCACGUCGCGUGGUGAUAGCGAUCGUUUGCCUACCGUUGUUGCUUAUUUCAAAGAAGAAGGCGAUUCAUUGAAGUCGUUCCAAGAUGUUGCAUCGGAUUUUAUUUCCGAUGUGUUAUUCGCACAUACUCAUGACCCGACCAUCCUCGGAAGCAAGGAAAUGACUGCCAAAGCAUUGGGUGAUUGGAUACGAAAAACUCAGUAUAAUGACAAACACUUCUCUAAAAACAAACUUCUUGUAUUUUACUUCAAUGCAUCUCUGGAUGGCUAUCCGAAGGGUGUCAAUUACCAUCGAAAUCGGCUAAUGAAGUUGCUGAAGAGUUUGAAGUCGACGUCGGAUCUGAAAUUCGCCUAUAGUUUUAGUGGCGAUUACUAUCAUGAGCUUUCUGAUCUGGGUGAGGCUGACGGUCCAUUCCCAGUGGUUGCGAUAUAUUCUUCUGGAAAAAAGUACAAACUGCCAGACUACAGUCCUGAGAAACUCGUGGAGUUUAUUGAAAAGUUUCGUGAUGGCAAACUGACCCCUCACAUCAAAUCUGAGCCUGUUCCGGAACCGAGUGAUGAAGCAACCGUAACUGCCGUGGGCACCACGUUUGAAGAAAUAGUCAAUGAUGGGAGCAAAGAUGUAUUCAUAAUGUUCCAUGCUCCUUGGUGUGGUCACUGUAAGAAUUUGAUGCCCAAAUUCAAAGAGGCGGCCGAAAAGCUGCGUUCCGAACCGUCGGUAAAAUUCGUUUUGUAUGACGCUACGGCGAAUGACAUACCGGAACCAUACUCUGUCCGUGGUUACCCUACACUCUACUUCGCUCCGAAGAAUUCCAAAGAUACACCAAAGCGAUAUGAAGGCCCGCGAGAAGUUGAUGACCUCAUCAAGUUCGUGGCCAAGGAAAGUACGCAAGAAUUGCGUGGAUAUAACAGAGAAGGUGCGCCGAAGAAAGAAGACUUGUAG